AUGUACCUCCCUUUGCUGUGGAAGGUCACCCUAAGUGCCCUACUCGUGUCCGCCCAAGCCCCUACGCGCACUCUGAGUAAAAGACAAGACAGCGACCUCCCCCAGUUUGUAACGACGCAAAAUGGCAAUUUCAUGUUCAAGGGAAAGAAACUCGAUUUUGUUGGAACGAAUGCUUACUGGCUCGCGGCUCUCAAUUCGGAUGAUGACAUUGAUUUUACGCUAGGAAACAUGUCAGCAGCGGGUGUUAAGAUUGUCAGGACCUGGGCUUUCAAUGAUGUCGAGACUAUACCCGUUAACGGAACAUGGUUUCAGUUAAUCUCUAACGGUACUACGACUAUUAACAACGGAACCAAUGGUUUGCAAAAACUGGACACCGUUGUUCGACUUGCUGAGAAGCAUGGCUUAUUUUUGCACCUCUCACUGACGAAUAAUUGGAACCCUCGACCUCUAUUGGAUAACCCCACUGCCGGACUUUCCAUUAGCGCUCGAGAUGUGACCAAUGGGACGAAUAACACUCUACCACGCAAUACGCUCAGUAAUGACUACGGUGGUAUGGACGUUUAUGUUCGGCAAUUCGGUAAUGGAACGAAUCACGACGAAUUCUACCUCAAUCCCGCAAUUGUCGCCGCUUUCAAGAAUUAUACGACCCAAAUUGUUUCCCGAUAUGUCAAUAGCCCUGCGAUAUUUGGAUGUGUCGACCCCAAUCACUUGGUCGCCUCCGGAAACCAAGGGUUUUUCUGCGCCGAUUGCCCCAAGCUCUUCCCUCGCAAGCCUGUGGUGGUACCUCCUCCGCCUCAGGUUUCGUCUACUCCUAACAGCAAACGUCGUCGCGGUGUUCCUCAACCCUUGACGAAGAAAAAGAUUCUACAAGACCGAAAGGCGGCUUUCAAGAAGUCGAGAAAGAUGGCAUUGCAGAAGCGAACUGAACCAAAUGCUGGCGGUAUUCGUAUUAGGGGGCGAUGGGUGUCUACCGAAACUAAGCGACAAUCUACGGAUGACCAAGGCGUGGGACCUGCCUUCGACGGUUCACAAGGAGUAGACAGCGAGGACAUCCUGGGUAUUUCUAACAUUGCUUUCUCGACUUUCCAAUUGUUCCCAGACCAGAACACGUAUGGCGUGGAUGAUCCCAGUCUCCCCAAGUUCAACAACACUGUGAACCAGGGCCUUGCUUGGAUUCGCGCUCACGCUGAUAUAGGGAGACUUUUUAACAAACCUGUGAUUUUGAACGGAUUUGGUCUUGUAACACAAUCAAAUGCUCCCUUUUUCGUGCCUUUCAAUUCAACACAAGCACCAUUUGGACCAGAUUCAGUCAACAACCAAACCCAAGCUCCGUUUGGAGUAACAGAUCAGCAACGAGAUGAUGCUUAUACUCAGUGGCUACAAGCUGGAUUGGCAGCAGGUCUUCAAGGCAUGCUUCAGUAUCAGUGGUCGCAAGGUAAUCUUACAACUGCAGUGGGCACUGUUAUUAGCCCCACUGUCGAUGGAACAUCGGUCAGCCCAGACGUAACUGGUACAGGUGUUUCGCCAGAUGACGGUUAUUCAAUUCAAGGACAAGGAUUCGACCAAGCAGUAAACAUCAUCCAACAGGCUUCACAGCAGUUUGCAGCUGAUGUUUCCUCUUAA